UGGAAAAAAGUCAGAGAAGCUGCGCAUGGUGACGGUCUAGCCGUGUAAAAGUCAAGCUAAGAAAGAAGAAAUAAGCCCUAAGUUCCAGUUACACCGGUUUGUCUACUUGCAGGCCAAAGUGUUCUACGGUGUACCUGUACGUUAAGAGAAGCACAGUAAACAUCAGUAAAGAAGAACUCUCGUGUCUCUCGUGUAUGUGUACAAGCCGGCAUAAAUUGUCUUCUAACAUCCAGAAGUCUGUGACGUGUUUUAUAGUUUCUAACAAGCUUUUGACAAUUAAAGUGAGACGGAGAGGAGCGGAGGGAGAGGGAAAUCAGCUGGGACCGACAGCUGUCAGACUGUGUUCAUAUCAUAACCUGGGAAAACUAUAAAUAAAUGUGGAAGCUGGUGAUAAAGACCUGUGUGUGUGUGUACCUGUGUAUAGUGCAUUUCACAGUGUACAAUAGUUGCUUACAGUGAAAAUAUCUCUAAUUAAUAUAUUGCUGUUCAUAAUUUAAUGCCAAAAAUUCCUAUUUAGCAAGAGACCAGAUUAUUGAUACAUUUUUCAUUUUUUUAAAAAGUUACAAGGAAUCCCUGAAAGAUGCUUUUCACCAUUUUUUCAUCAGAAAAGGCCUUUAAAGUUAUUAUCAGCCAGAGUAGAAUAUCUGUCUUUAGAAUAUUUAGAGUCAAUGUUGAUUUCAAUAAUUGAAAUCUGUAAAAAUGACCACAAACUACUUAAAAUGUACAAACAUCUUUGGUCAGAGGUCAAACAGUAAUCCACACACCCACCCCAUUGAUCUCUUCCCCCUCUCAGUCUGUGUUUAUUUGUCCGAGUAGACAGAAGUCUGCAAAUAAGGUUCAAGUGAAUGAGGAGGUGGGGUGACUGGCACAUGCUUCCAAUGAUAGGGAGCACACAGGCCUUCAUUAUUUCCUCAGUCUGUCCUCGGACACAGAGGAGGCAACAUGGACCUGUGGGCUGUGCUGCUGCUCGCUCUGCUCGCCGACACUUUGGCUUCAGACGAGUCAUGUUUGGACCGCUGCGAAAAUGGCUUUGACGCCCGGAAGAAGUGCCAGUGUGACUCCAUGUGCAAGUACUACAAAAGCUGCUGCUCUGACUUUGAAUCCACCUGCAAUAUGAUGACUCGCGGAGACACAUUUCAGUUUGCUGAAGACGAUUAUUACGAUGGGCAAUCUGAGAGCACGCCUCAGCCCACACGUCGUUCAGCACGCAAUCAGCUGAGGCCUACACAACCGCCGGACUUCAAUCCCAGAGCGCAAGAACGCCCCGAGACCACGCUGGAAAUGACCAGACCGACCAGACUGAGAGUCUCUAACAUCCCGCCGACACGUGCGACACACCCAGACACCCACACAUUGGAGGACUCCAUCACGACCAGCGCAGCAACCGAGGUGACCACAGUUCCUGCCACAACAGCCACCACCGUGGCCCCUGACCCAGAUGCUGAGGUCUGCAGUGGCAGACCUUUUGACGCCUUCAUGCAGAUCAAAAAUGGCUCCAUCUAUGCUUUCAGAGGGGAGUACUUCUUUGAACUUGACCAGAAGGCAGUGCUCCCUGGUUAUCCAAAGCUCAUUAAGGAUGUGUGGGGCAUCAGCGGGUCCAUUGAUGCUGCGUUCACCCGCAUCAACUGUCAGGGGAAGACCUACAUCUUUAAGGGAAACAAGUACUGGAGGUUUGACAAUGGCGUGCUGGAUGAUGACUAUCCCCGAUACAUAAACGUUGGCUUUGACCGGAUUCCCGAUCAUGUGGACGCAGCGUUUGCCCUUCCUGCCCACAGCCACCACGGAAAAGAGAAGGUCUAUUUUUUCAAAGGUGACCAGUAUUAUGUGUAUGAGUUUUUGCACCAGCCGUCUCAUGAGGAGUGCAUCAAAAUGUCUGAGAGCUCUCCGUCCACUCCCUUCAGGCGCUACACUGAUGUGUACUACAACAACUAUGAGCGUUUCUUCGGCGAGCUCUUCUCUGACCUGCCUCAGCAUCAUAGUAAGCACCACUUUAUUAACAAGGACUGGAAGGGCCUCAGGUCUCCAGUGGAUGCUGCCAUGGCGGGCAGAAUCUACAUCAGUCCUUGGAGGUCGACGCGACGCCGCUACAACAGCCAGCAAGACCAGCAGUGGGACCAGCAGUGGAACCAGCAGUGGAACCAGCAGUGGGGUCGGCGGAGACAAAAUCGUUCACCCUCCUGGGGCUCCUUUGCUGAGCAGGGAAUGAACAUGGGGCGGGAAUUUGCUGAAAGAGGGAUGGAAAUGGGUAUGAGACUGGCAGAGAGGAGGAUGGAAAUGGCAGAGAGGCUGGGACAAGGCUGGGACAGACGGUGGGAUCAAGACUGGGACCAGGACAGACGGAGAGAUCGUUAUGGCCAGAACAACAGAGGCAACUAUGACUCCAGAGAUGACCGAUACGGCUACGACUUCCAAAGGGAGAUGCCCAUACAGACCGUCUACUUCUUCAAAGAAGAUAAAUACUACAGAGUGGAUAUCAGGACUAAGAGAGUUGAUCCUGCUGUUCCUCCGUACCCCAGAUCCAUCGCCAAGUACUGGCUCGGCUGUUCGGACACCCCUGGAGCAGAGAAGAAGUAGUUUCCAGAAUUUUAGUUUGUUAUUUUGAUCAGUGUAACCCAGUUAGCGUGUAAUAGAGCUGUUGUUUUUACUGCAGUAGGCAGUGGUAGGGGUUAAAAGUGUCGAACAUGCGCAGUGUAACACACAGCUAGCUGACUUCAGCAAAUAUUGGUGUAUCGGUGAGAGUCCACAUGCAGCUUAGGGCCAAAGUUCAGCUGGCUGACUUUCAGUCAGCUUUAUUAAACGCAGCUAAAGUGAAAAACACAUUUAACAGAGAGACCCAGAGACAGCAACGUUUAUCCGUCUGAAAGCUAAACUCUGUUAAUGAUAAUUAAUCUGCAAUUAUUACUGUAUUCAUUACUUAUCGUGUAUUUUGAAUAAUGUAUCUACAAAAGCCAAAGUGUUUAUUGUCUUUUUAUUAAUCACGGUCAUGUUUAUACAGUGAAAUAAUAAUACUAUAAAAUAUUAACACAGACUUCAGGGGAGGUUUAAUUCACCAGUGGUCACAAGCAGGGCAGCAAUGUGUUUCUAACCCCACAGCAGUGUUCGUGCGCUGUGGACUUAACAUCGGGUCACAGAAGUACAAACAUUUUUACAAUUCCAGUUCUCUGACUGAUUUAUACGAUAGAAUAAACAACCCUGCCGGGCUUUUCCCUCAUGUGUAAAGCAUGUACUGAUUCUGAGUGAAUCGCGACUACAAUCUGUUACAGCCUGUUCUUACCUGAGUUUCAUCCAAGACUAAUAAAAUAUCCACAGAG